AUGUGCCACUCAACAUCACAGUGGACAGAAGCCUUACCUCUGGUACUACUCGGCAUGCGGACUUCCUGGAAAGACGACAUCCAGACUACGCCUGCGGAGUUGGUCUAUGGUGAACCCUUGCACCUACCUGGUCAGUUUAUAUCUCCUACAGAACAGUUCACCGCAGCCGACGUCACACAGUACGCCACGCGUCUCCGGGUCCACAUGGCCAAUCUAACACCGAGACCAACAUCGUGGCACACGACUUCCCCUUUCUACAUUCCUCGGGACUUAUAUUCUGCUUCACACGUCUUCCUUCGCCGUGACGACGUCCGGAAACCCCUGGAACCACCUUACACCGGGCCGCACAAGGUUCUUCAAAGACAGCCUAAGUACUUUACGUUAGACGUAAAAGGGAAGAACACUAAUGUUUCUGUCGACAGACUCAAACCAGCUUUUGUGUUGCGUGAGGAGGUCAACGAGCCCAGAGUUCACAACGGUGCGGAGGCACCUACGUCAGACGUCGUCACCACCUCAGAAACGACGCGCGAAGAGAGAGCAACCAAAAGAGGACGUCGUGUGAGGUUCCCCGAUUUUUAUCGACCAUAG